CAAGGAGCUUCAAGUCUUGUUCCAUUGAUUCCAUCUCUCACAUCAUUUCCCACUCUCGCGUUUCCUUUAUCAUAUUUAUAUUCUUUGGUUAUUCAAUUCAUAUUACGCCAUGUCCCAGUUGAACGGAGCCUACUACGGCCCCUCCAUCCCGCCGCCGAAAACUUCCUACCACCGUCCUGGGCGCGGCGGAGGCCUCGGCUGCUGCUGCGGGUGCCUCUUCAGCCUCAUCUUCAAGCUCAUCCUAACCGUGAUCAUCAUCAUUGGCAUCGCCGUGUUCCUUUUCUGGCUCAUAGUCCGUCCCAACGUGGUGAAAUUCCACGUCACCGAGGCCACCCUGACGCAGUUCAACUACACCCCCAACAACACGCUCCACUACGACCUCGCCCUCAACAUCACGGUCCGAAACCCCAACAAGAGGCUCGGAAUCUACUACGACCGCAUCGAGGCGCGUGCAAUGUUCCACGACGCGAGGUUUGAUUCCCAGUUCCCGGAACCAUUCUACCAGGGCCACAAGAGCACCAACGUGCUGAACCCGGUGUUUAAGGGUCAGCAAUUGGUGCCACUCAACGCUGACCAAUCCGCGGAACUGAAGAAGGAGAACGCCACUGGGGUGUACGAGAUCGAUGUGAAGAUGUACCUUAGGGUCAGGUUCAAGUUGGGUGUCUUCAAGACCAAGACGCUUAAGCCCAAAGUAUCAUGCGACUUACGUGUUCCUUUGAAAGGAAGCGCCGGUGCUGGUGUCUUUCAGACCACCAAGUGCGACUGGGAUCGCUGAUGGAUUCGGAUUCACCCGACCGACCCGACCCGACCCGGUUCUGCUUUCACGUCAUUUCUCCCUUUUCUUAUUUCUUUAUUGGUUAGUUUUGGACAUAGUCGUCGUACUCCUUGUCCUUCAGGGUUACUGUUCAGAGAUAUGAUUAUUUUAUUAUACCGCAUGUAUGUAUGCAUGCAUCAUCUACCUUGACUACUGUAUUCCCUUCUGUGGACGGGAUUUUUGCUGUAUUAUUUAUAUCACACAUUCACACUUGUUAUUUGUUGAUAAAUAAAUUUCAUUUUCAUUCCGCUUCUUCAA